AUGCUCAAGUCCCUUUUCGGCCUAUCGAAACACAGUCGAGCCUUCCGCCGAAUGAUGAUCUUGGAGCUCCGGCCCAAGCAAGUAGCGCACAUUCGCAAUUUUUCAGAAACACGCUCGGCGAUGGAACAACAACAAGCUACAAAAUUCGAAGCUGCGAAACGGUUCAUCAAGAACGCCCACAUCGAAGAGUCGGCAGAGGCCAACAAGGUCUUGAAAGUGAUGAGGAAAGCUGGCGCGCUUUCGGUUUUGGUUGUGUUUGCUUCUGUGGGCUAUGCGGUCUUCCUAGAGAACUUCAGCAAGCCCAAUGCUGCUUUGGUCGAAGAGAUGGAAGGUGAGGAGGAAUACAUGCCGCAGUUGAGUCAGGAUAUACGGUAUAAGCAGAAAGGCAAAGUUUGA